AUGAUCCGUCAACCUAGCAGUGUGAUUAUCGCAGGCCCGUCGGGCAGUGGCAAGACGGAUUUGGUGGAACAAUGGUUACGGUACCUGAACGUGUUUCAAGUCAAACCCCGCAAGAUUGUGUAUGCCUAUGAUCGUUGGCAACCCCGAUUCGAGCGGAUGCAGCAAAAAGAUGGAAUUCAAUUUUAUCGCGGGUUACCGGACCCCCGUCAUUUGACGCAAUGGUUUGGUCGAACGCGUGGCGGGGUGUUGGUCUUGGACGACCUGAUGGAAGAAGGGGGACAAGACAAGCGCGUGUUGGAUUUGUUCACCAAAGAUUCGCAUCAUCGUAACAUCACGGUGUUGUAUUUGACGCAAGAUUUAUUCCCGCCUGGCAAAUUUUCCAAGACCAUCAAUCGCAACGCACAUUACAUUGUGGCCUUCAAAAACCCCCGGGAUCAAACAGGCAUUCGGACCAUUUUAUUGCAAGCCUUUCCGGAUCGGUGGCGUCAAGUGUUGCGCCUAUUUAAACGCAUCACGGCUCGACCUUUUUUGGCUAUUUGA